CUUCUCCGUGCUCUUGUGCUGUACAACCCAACCAACACCAAUGUCAUGCUGAAUCCCAAUCCCAGGUAUGCAACUACCCUUUUCAACGCACCUCGUUUUCUCACCACCUUUCUCCUUUCUCUCCCUUACACCAGGUUCUACGCUCCUCGCCCCCGCAAAAAACUCCACAAAUUUCCCACAUUUAACGACGCCGUUUCUUCCUUCACUCGCAUGCUCCACCGCUUUCCCCCACCCCCCGUUGUUGAAAUUAACAAGCUUUUAGGAACAAUCGUGAGAAUGAAACGUUAUCACACUGUUGUUUCUCUCUGUUCUCAGUUAGAGUUUAAGGGAACCCCUAAACCCUCCAUUAUCACCAUGAGUAUCUGGAUUAACUGUUUCUCCCAUUUGGGUCAAAUGGGGUUUGCUUUUUCUGUCAUGGGGAAGAUUCUUAAGAGGGGUUUUCAGUUGGAUAAGCUUACCCUUACUACCCUCAUGAAAGGGUUGUGUUUGAAAGGUAGGAUUUUGGAGGCGUUGCAAUUGCAUGAUGAUUCUGUGUCAAAAGGGUUUUGUUUUGACGAGGUUUGUUGUGGCACUUUGAUCAAUGGGUUGUGCAAAAUUGGGAAAACAAGAGAUGCUGUUGAGUUGUUGAGAAAGAUGGAGAGUGUUGGUGUUGGGCCUAAUUUGAUAAUUUAUAAUACGGUUGUUGAUGGUUUGGGUAAAGACGGACUUGUAACUGAGGCGUGUGAUUUGUGUUCUGAAAUGGUUGAAAGGGGCAUUGCUCUUGAUGUUUUCACUUACAAUUCUCUGAUUCAUGGUUUUUGUGGGGUUGGUCGGUUUCAAGGAGCUGUUAAGUUGCUGAAUGAAAUGAUACAAGUAAAUGUGUUACCGGAUGUUUAUACAUUUAAUAUAUUGGUGGAUGCAUUGUGUAAAUUAGGUUUGGUUGUGGAAGCUCGUAAUGUGUUUGGAAUGAUGGUCAUAAGAGGCUUAAAGCCUGAUGUUGUUAGUUACAAUGCUUUGAUAAAUGGGUAUUGUUUAAGUGGUAAUGUGAAUGAGGCGAAAGAAGUAUUUGAUAGAAUGGUUGAAAUGGGUCCGUCGCCUAACGUUAUCAGUUAUAGUACUUUGAUUAAUGGAUAUUGCAAGGUUAAAAUGGUGGAUGAAGCUAUGAUGCUCUUAACUGAAAUGCAUCAGAAGAAUUUAGUUCCUGAUACUGUAACUUAUAAUUGUCUUCUUGAUGGUUUGUCCAAAUCUGGAAGAACCUUGUAUGAGUGGGACCUGGUUGAAGUGAUGCGUACCAGCGGUCAACCUCCAGAUUUAAUUACUUACAAUAUAUUGUUGGAUGAUUAUCUCAAACAUAAGUACCUUGACAAGGCAAUUGCCUUAUUUCAGCACAUAAUUGACAUAGGAAUUUCUCCAAAUAUACGCACAUAUAACAUACUUAUAGAUGGUCUUUGCAAAGGGGGAAGACUAAAGGCUGCAAAAGAGAUUUUUCAACUUCUUUCUGUGAAAGGUUGUCAUCCUAAUAUCCGAACAUAUAAUAUUAUGAUCAAUGGGCUUUGUAAAGAAGGUUUGCUAGAUGAAGCAGAGGCCUUACUUUUGAAAAUGGUAGAUAACGAUUGCCCUCCUAAUGCUGUAACUUUUGAUACCAUGGUUCGUGCUCUACUGGAAAAAUGAUAGUAAUUGUUAGGACCAAGAAUUUUCUUCAUGAAGAUGCUGCUGGGAACUUUGACUCUGGGAAAACGGUAUAAGGUUUAAAUGGUGUAUUUGAUGUCAUCCCAAGAUCCAAGGAUGGGUCUUCACAUAUUUCGCUUGACUGCUUAGAUCAGUUCACAUGGCUUGUGCUGAUCUAUUGGGGCAGAAAAAAGUUCUCAUCAGAUCCAUAUGCAGUACAAAAUAGAGAUAGCACAAGUUUGAGCAUUUUAAGAGUUUUAGAAGGGAAAUAUUUCUUCAGGUAGCACAAGUUUUAGAAUCAAGAAUAAAAAAAAUUGUAGAUAGUAUACCAGCAAGAGGUUCAUGAAGAAUGGGAAAAAAUUGCUACAACAACUAUUGAGUUGGCACAAGUUAGGGCAUUCUUCUUCAGAGCACACCUACUAAAGUUGAUUUUAUCUAACAGUUAUUUAGUGUUUGGUCUAGCUUAUUUUAGGUUUCUCUUCUCCUUAAAAAGAAUUGUGCUAAACAUAUUUCUACAAACAUUCUAAACAAUAAAAGCUUUUUCUUAUGAAGAAAUCAUUAAAAAAAAAAAACAGAACUUUUAGAUAAGCCAAUUUUAAGAGUUUCUCCUUCUCUUUCUUUAUUUGAAGUCUUAAGGCAACACACAUCCAAAAAGUUCUUAACUUAAAAGUAACUUUUAAGAUGAAAAAGUCUGGUGAAAGACUACUUACUGACUUUUUUAUAAUGUUUUCUGGAGAUGAAUUUCAGCCUUUGAGCUUACUCUUUGAUUGGUGUAUUGGAUCAGAAUAUCAUCUGAUGGAAAACUUAGCUUGGUAUUUGGAUGGAUUUACCAAGUUUACCCUUCCGUUUACAAUUUAAUGCCUUCAAAUAUCAUGAUUAGUUUUAUGAAUGUAAUGGGCUUAACGGGGUGGGCAAGGGCCAGCCCAUUUAAGGAGUAGGCCUAAUUGAUGAAAUAGGCUUGUAAAUGGGGGCUACAGCCCAAACCAUUCAAGAGGUUGGCCCUUUUUUGGUUGUCUUUGAGCCACAGAAAUAGGUUCUGGUUGAUAUGCUGUUUUUCACUGAAGAGUAAAGACGUGAAUGGUUUGCUGAUUGUGUGGAAAUGGGUGGAGGAGGCACGACUCCACUUCAAGUUUUUCAUCUGUUCUAUUUGUCUUUUUUAGUUGGUGGGGUCUGCUAUAAAAGCUUAAUUGAAGACUUAUAAUGGGAUCUUGUCACAUUCAGAAGCACUUGAAAUAUUCUUUUCAUAUG